AUGCGGGCUGCGAUCUCUUGCCUGCUGCUGGUAACUCUUGGCAUUUCACAGCUUGCAACUGCAUUUAAGGAAAAUGAGUUCAAAAAGUGUGCUCAAACAAGCUUUUGUAGCAGGAAUCGAAACAUGCAGCAAGGGGCCAACUUCGACAUUGUCCCCGGGUCUAUCGUCCUGAACACGGCCACGUUAACGGCCACCCUUCUAAACAAGGGGUUCGAUAAGCACUUGCAGUUGACAGUUACGUCGCAUUCAGAUGGAUUCAUCCGUGUCCUCGUGGAUGAGUUGCCGGACGUGGGAAGGUAUCAGGUGCCCUCCGACGUGCUGGUCUCGGGCUGGGAGACCAAGAAACUGGCUUUCAAGGAGGAAAGCCGCACUUCGUCAGCGAUCACACUUUCGGGAGGCGAAACAAAGCUGGUGCUCAACUUCCAGCCGUUCUCGCUUGCGAUCAGCGUCAAGGGAGUCCCAGCCCUUCAGAUCAACAGUCGCAACCUGUUUAACUUCGAACAUCGGAGACCAAAGCAGGAGAAUGACCCCGCUGGCUUCUGGGAGGAGACAUGGAUGGGACACACAGACUCGAAGCCUAAGGGCCCGGAGGCCAUUUCUCUAGACCUCGUCUUCCCUGGCUUUCAGCACGUGUACGGCAUCCCGGAGCGUGCGACAAGCCUCUCGCUCCGUUCCACCAAUGGCGCGGCACCGUAUGGUGAGCCGUACCGGCUGUACAACCUGGACGUGUUUGAGUACCUGGAUGACCAUCCAUUCGGCCUGUACGGCAGUAUUCCCGUCAUGUUGGCCCACAAGAAAGGCCUUACCGUUGGCGUUUUCUGGCUGAACGCAGCCGAAAUGUUCGUGGACGUGGUCAAGGGCCGCAGCGAGGUGGGCACUCAGUGGAUUGCGGAGAGCGGCAUUCUGGACCUCUUCGUCUUCACUGGCGGCUCCGCGCCGGCAGUGCUGUCAUCGUACGCGCGUGUGGCCGGCACCACGGCGCUGCCUCAGCUCUUUUCUCUCGGCUACCAUCAGUGCCGCUGGAACUACAAGGACGAGGAGGACGUCAAGGAGGUGGACGGCGGCUUCGACUCCCACGAGAUCCCCUAUGACGUGCUUUGGCUCGAUAUUGAGCACACCAACGGCAAGCGGUACCUGACCUGGGACAGCUCUUUGUUCCCCAGCCCAGUGGCGAUGCAGGAGGACCUGGCCAGCCGCGGCCGCCAGAUGGUCACCAUUGUCGACCCCCACGUCAAGAGGGACUCGGGCUACUACAUCUUCUCAGAGGCGGAGAAGGCAGGCCACUUCGUCAAGAACAAGCACGGCAGCGACUUUGACGGCUGGUGCUGGCCGGGCUCCUCGAGCUAUUUGGACGUGACCAGCCCCGCCGUUCGCGAAUGGUGGGCUCAGCAGUUCACUCUUGACAAGUACCAGGGCAGCACUAAGCACCUGUACAUCUGGAAUGACAUGAACGAGCCGUCCGUUUUCAACGGCCCGGAGAUUACCAUGCAGAAGGACAACCUCCACUACGGCAACGUGGAACACCGCGACAACCACAACCUGUACGGCAUCUACUACCACAUGGGCACUGCUGAGGGCCUCAAGCUGCGCGGGAGUCAGGUGGAUCCCGAGAACGGAGACCGGCCGUUCGUGCUGUCACGUGCCUUCUUCUCAGGCACCCAGCGUGUGGGUCCUAUCUGGACGGGUGACAAUGCGGCUCAGUGGAGCCAUCUCAAGGUGUCGGUCCCCAUGCUGCUGACGCUGGGCCUGACCGGGUUGCCGUACUCGGGCGCUGACGUGGGCGGCUUCUUCGGCAACCCCGAUGCGGAGCUCAUGACUCGCUGGUACCAGCUCGGCAUCUACUAUCCCUUCUUCCGCGGUCAUGCUCACCUGGAGACGCAGCGCCGGGAGCCCUGGCUCUUUGGCCCCGAGACCACUGCACGGAUCCGUACCGCCAUCCGGGGCCGCUACACGCUGCUGCCGUACAUUUACACGCUGUUCCGCUUCGCUAACACGUCAGGCCUGCCGAUCCUGCGGCCGCUGUGGUACGAAUUCCCGGAGAAUGAAGAUCUGUUCGCUGUGGAGGAGGAGUUCAUGGCUGGCCCGGCCAUCCUGGUCAAGCCUAUCGUCGCCCCGGGGGUCAGCAGCGUGGAUGUUACGCUGCCGGUGGGGGCGCGCUGGUACGACGCUCUGAGUGGAGCCGCUGUGCCCGCCAGGAGUCGCAGCCAGCGCGUGACUCUGGACUCCAUCCCGGUCUACUACCGAGGCGGCAACAUCUUGCCACUGCGCGAGCGCCCCCGACGAAGCACCGCCGCGCAGCUGGCCGACCCUUACACGCUGGUGGUAGCGCUGGACGACAAGGGCGAGGCGACGGGCAGUCUCUACGUCGACGAUGGCCGUUCCUUCGCCUUUCAGCGGGGCCAGUACCUGCACAGGGACUUCACAAUGAAGUCGCUGAAGCUCAGCUCCUCCAAACACGUGGAGCCAGGGGUCCCUAGCGGCGCCCUGACAGUGCCCACCACUAUCGAGCGGGUGGUGUUCCUGGGGCUGCCAGCCUCCAAACGGGGCUACAAAGCCCUCAUUGGCGCCAAACAUGCGGUCCCGCUGGAGCCCGGCCCGCUGACGAUGUUGGCACCGCAGUAUGAGAACGCGUUGGUGCUCCGCAAGCCGGGCCUGCCUGUCUCGCACGACUGGGAGGUAGAGAUUGUGGCGUUGUAG